CUAUCCAGUCCUGUCCCAUCCCCUUCGUACCUUGCUUGCGCUAUUCAAGACACACACACACACACACACACACGGUACCGGGCGGAUACUCUUCGUCCCUGACCUGACGAGCCCCAGACCCGUCCGUGGUGUACCCUACACCGUUCCUUGCCCAGUCGUCCGUGAAGGUGGUUCCUCACCUGGUUUACGAGCAAGGUACGCACGAGGCCGAUCACACUAAGAACGGCCCCGGUGGGUUUCCCAUGCCUCCCUUGAGGCUCUGAAAUCCCGACCUUUAGUCAGUGCAUCCACCGUCCCAAAAGUCUGGUUUUCACUCAACGUCCGCCGGCCUGCUGCCCUCUCUGUCCUUGUCUUUGUCUGGCUUUGGCCCUUUUCAAAAUCCCUUCUUUGCACGGUUGUAUGUCUGCCUCCCCCGAAUAGCCUCUACCGCCCCCGGUCGUGGCCAUGGCGUCCGAUCGCAUGGGAGCUCUCAAGGCUCACAAGAGUUCAGAAGGCUCCCACAUCCCCCCGAAACACUACUACGCCGAGAGAUCCACCGCCGCCGACGCUGCGGCCUCAUCCUUCUCCUCCUCCUCCUCACCCUCCCGAAGAGCCGACCGCGACGCUGCCCACCGAUCUGCCCCGGCUGCCCCCAAGAGACACACCCCCCAUUACGCCGUCCACCGAGAGUCGUCCAUCGAGCCCUUGCGCCCUUCCGGACAGCCCGCCUCCUAUCGUGACUCGAUUGUCUCCAUUGUCGACGAUCCCUUUUUCCUGCGCUUUGACGACCACAACAUUGAGGCAGCGCUUGCGUUUGACUCGCGCUGGGCCACGGCCACCCUCGACGACCCGGACGAAGCCGACGACGCAGCUGAAAAGGACGAAACUGUGGGCCACACACGCGACGAAGAAGAACUCAACUCUGCCGACUUCCCGCUCCGCGAUGACGACACGCCCGACCAGCGCUGGCCACCCCCAAGAAGAGAGUCGUUGAUAAUAGGACAUUCCUUGUACUGGCAACCACCAACCUCCGCCAUCAUGGAGAGCCUCAACAUCGCAGUCAUUGGCGCGUCGGGCGUUGGCAAGUCAUCCUUCGUCCAGCGCGUCCUAGGCCUAUCGCGACCUCCAAUCACAAACGCCUCGAGCGUGCGCAUGGUCGUUGACAAUGUCACCUACGGCGUCACCCUGAUCGAGCUGGACCUCGAGUAUUUCGAGCUGAACCCGUUGCAGCCCAUUCAGUGGCCGAAGCAGAUUAACGGCCACAUCGUCCCGCGCGUCGAUGGCGCCCUCAUUCUCUUCGAUGUCACGAAUAAGGAGAGCAUGAAGGAGCUGCCCCAGACGAUUGCUGCGUUGACCAAGUCUGGCCUUCCUGCAGUCCUCGUCGCCAACAAGUGCGACCAUCCCGAGAGUGAACGGCAAGUCGAUUCGCAACGCGUUGCAAACCACGAAUACUUCAAGUCGUGCGUCGGGGUGUUCAACCUCUCGACGAGCAGCCCAGAACGGGCCAGGGCUUGCCUAAACACGACGCUGAAAGCCGCCAUCGCUAAUCGCAAGGAAGCACAAUCGGAAUCUGGCAUGUCCCGCCGCCGUGCAGCCUCGGCAGCCAACCUCGAGGCCCACGACGGCUCUAACGGCCGGCCGCUAAGUCAGCACAGUAAACAUAACCGAGCGAGCUCUGAUUUGUCGCUUCUUCGAGGCGUCCCCCCUCCCAUCCCCGACCACCUGCGCGGCCCAUUACCUGCAGCCGACUUUGGUGGUGCGCCAUCAAGCUCGGGCUCCUUCGGAGCAUCGGAAACCAUUGAAGAAGAGUCUCAGCAAACCGUGUCGAGCCAGCUACGGACACCCGGCAUUCGCCUCGACCGCGGACCAACCGACUCAUUCUUGGACAUGGAGGAGUCGGAUGCCGACUCGUUUCGCUACUCGGACGAAAUUCCCAUCCUGCAACGGAGCGAUGAAAGCUUUCUCGAGAAGCCGGUCAAGUCUGCCGGCGUGGCAUUCGACGAGCUCGUCGACCGGCUAAUUGCUCCGCGCAUGACCAAGGCCGACAAUAAUUUCUCGGACGUUUUCCUCUGUCUCUACCGCAAGUUCGCCGCGCCCGGCGAGCUAUUCUCGGCCAUUCUCAUGCGACUUGACCGCGUCAGAGAUGACAAGUCGGCGCAUCAUCUAUCCAAGACGGCGACACAGCUCAGGAUCAUAGAGGUCGUCGCCAAGUGGGUUUCCUUAUAUCCCGGGGACUUUGCACGGCCGGGGACACGGCGGGACCUGGAAGAGUUCAUCAGGCACCUUUCCACCGAGCCCAUCUUCUCGAUCGCGGCCCAGCAAAUCCGCCGACACCUCGAGCACAGCGUGGUGGAGGACGACGAUACCGGCUGGGCCAGGUCGGAUGAGCUGGCGGACGAAGAGGGCAGCAAGGUCCUAUCCAGAGACAAAACGCUAUCCACGCCCGACGUGUCCAACGGGAUGAUCAACCUCAAUCUUGACGACGACAAGCCGGGCGACGAACGACCGUCGGGCAGCUCCGACUUCCCUCCCGUCGACAGGACCAGCAGCGUCGGGACACACGUCUCGUUCCACUCAUACGACGACUACGAAAGAGAAGCGGCGAACAUGGAGCCCACCGAUGUGCUGCCCAUGAACAAGUUCCGUUACCACAUCUUCAUGGACAUUUCGGACGACGACAUCGCCGACGAGAUGACGCGCAUCGACUGGGUCAUGUUCUCGUCUAUCCGCAUCAGAGACUUUGUGCGGCACGUGAGCCUGUCGUUGGAUCAACGGUCCAAAUGCAAGAGCCUCAAGAACGUCAAUCGGAUGAUUAACCACUUCAAUCACGUGGCCAAGUGGGUUGCCAACCUCAUCCUGUUGCGGGACAAGGCCAAGCACCGGGCCCAGAUGCUGGAAAAAUUCAUGAACAUUGCGCAAAAGCUGCGGCGGCUCAACAACUACAACGGGCUCGCGGCAAUCCUCGCAGGCAUCAACGGCACCGCGGUGCACCGGCUGUCUCAGACAUGGACAUUGGUGCCACCCGAGUCCCAAAAGUCGUUUGCCAAGCUGGGCAUUCUCAUGGGCACACAGAAGAGCCACUUCGCAUACCGACUGGCAUGGGAGAACUCGCCGUUGCCCCGGAUACCGUAUAUCCCACUACACCGGAGAGACCUGGUAUCGGCCGAGGAGGGGAGCAAGACAUUCGUAGGGCCCGACGGCGACAGGAUCAACUGGAAGAAGUUUGAAGUGCUCGGCGAAGUUCUGCUGCCUCUCAUGAAGAGCCAAGGAACAGCGUACCCGAACCUCUCGAAGCACGAGGCGGCGCGAGAGCUGAUUUUGGACUGCAGAAUGCCGACGGAUGAAGAGGAGAUCUACCAACGCAGUGUCCAGCUCGAGAGCACUGCGGGGGGCGGGACCGACAUCAGCAAGAAGAAGUUCCCCUGGUUCGCCAAGUAGAAGUUGGCAAGCCAGCGGAGCAUGUCGGUGGGAGGGGAGGGGCGGCUCUAACGGGUGCAUAGCAGCGGACCGCAUACCUAGACACGCCAAUGGCGUAACGUUCCGGGACAGCUUGGUCGGCGUCCACACAAGGCGCGGCUCGCGCGACACAUGUGGGUGCAUGCAGGAGUGUAUAAACAAAGAUGGAUUCAUGCAGCAUUGUGGAACUAGUUCAACAUUGGAGGCGAUUUGGCUCGAUUUCGGCGAUAUAGAUAUCCUGUUCAGCAAUUGAUACCGAGGCCAUGACGGCCUCGUCAUUCCUCACGAGAUUCUGG